UCAAGUUCAAAUGAUUAGUCUUCAUCGAGAUUUCCUUCAAAAUGGAGUUGCUGAGGAUAUUUGUGUUUUUGAGUGUUUUAACUACGGCAUUUUGUUCACAUAAAUUAAUUCGAAAUAAUGAAAGUUCGACAAAUUCCCUAACAUCAUUCAUCGACCAAUAUGCGAAUCAAAACGAAACUGAAGAUGAUUCUUCAGAGGCUGACAACGACAAUUCAACGGAUGUAUCAUCAAUGUUAGCGAAUCGAAUUUUUGGCGGCUUUGAAACAUCAAUUGAAAUGAUUCCAUGGCAAGUGUCUUUGCAAUAUAGUUCAAGUCAUAUGUGUGGCGGCGCAAUUAUUGCACCGGAAUGGAUACUUACUGCAGCACAUUGUACACCGCGUAAAAAAGCGAAAGGCUAUAGAAUUCGUGCUGGCUCAACCAACCGAGACGAAGGCGGUGUAAUUGUCCGAGUUCAACGAUUCUAUCGUAAUAAUAAUUACCGAACAAGUACAUUGGACUACGAUUUUUCUCUCGCCAAACUUGCUCAACCACUAAACUUUACCGAUGUGAUAAAAUCGAUCCAAUUGCCGAAUGCCAAUGCACGAAUUCCACAGGGCACGAAUUGUAUAGUGUCGGGCUGGGGAGCCACCCAAAAUCCAUUUGAAUCGGAAGAAAUGCUUCGCACAGUGGACAUUCCAAUUGCAAAUCAGGGUUAUUGCAAGAGAAAAUAUGAUAUAACAAACCGAAUGAUUUGCGCUGGAGUGAUGGAAGGAGGGAAAGAUGCUUGUUUUGGCGAUUCAGGUGGACCCUUGACAUGCGAUGUAAAUGGAUCCAAGUUAUUAGUUGGUGUUGUGUCGUAUGGUAUGGGCGAACAGUGCGGCAAAGCCAAUACCAUUGGGAUUUAUUCGAAAAUCUCAUCAGUACGUGAGUGGAUAGAGGAAUUUAGCGGAGUUUAAUACUCGAUAUACAUAACUUUUCAUCUGAAAUUCAACGUCAACCAAUAUUUUCUACUCGAGACUUCGAUAUAAGAGAAAACAAAUAAAUUCAAUUUUGAAAAAAUAAUAAUAAAUUUUAUUGACGAACUUCUGAAGACAUA